GUAAAUAUUAUUUCCAAUUCCCGACCAGUCAGCUCAUCAAAAUGCCAGCCAAUCGUAAAUUGAGUCCCCACAAGAAGAACAGAACCAGUGUGGAUAAGGCCAAGAAGUAUACCUCCGCUAUACAAUCGAUCCUCUGUCCGGAUGUCGAAAAGCCCAAUAAGGAACCCAAGCCAGAGGAAGAUGGGGUCAAGAAAUGUCAACGGGUAGAAGGCUACAAGUCCUCAGCCGACAGGCGAAUAUUUCUGGAACAGGAGGUGGUGCCCAUUCUGAUGGAGGGAAUGCUGGGACUGGCUCGUGAAAUGCCCCGCGAUCCCAUCGGUUACUUGGAGAAAUUCUGGCUGGAAAACAAGCACAAGUGCGAUAUUCAGUUGCCGCAGAAUAUUCUCUGAUUUACCUAGUGUAACCCAAUCAAAUUUCAAAUUGAUAGCUGAUUAAAUGUUUCUGGUUCGGUGUUUAGCUUA